AUGCGAGCGGCGGCCAGAGCAGAGGCGGCGGCGGCAGCGGCGGCGGCGGCGGCGGCGGCGGCGGCGGCGGCUGGCGGGGAGGGUGGGGGUACCCCCUGCGCCCGUUGCGGGACCCCGCCUUCCAAUGACGCGGAGGAAGGCAUGAUGUUCGAUAUGGGCGCGAUGGACAUGGACUUGGGCCUAGCACCACCUCCGCGGUCGGCAACACCACCUCCACCUCCUCAGCAGCCCGCUGCAUCACCAGCACCCGUCUUCAUAGGUAGCGGGAGCGGUGGUGGCGCAAACGGCAGCAACCAUGUGGUCGGGCCGUUAGGGGGAGGGGGGAUGGGGCUGACAGCUUCGAGGGGAUCGGGGUUCCCGUGGCCUCCGGCGAUCAGGGAGCAAGUAUCGAAUGACCGACCAUCGCGAGCAGCAAACACAUGA